AUGACAGAUGCCUUAAUACAACGCCCGGUAAAAGGUGCCGCGGUUUGUGUAGUCAACGACUCGAGAAAGACUCUUUCUGUAAAGAAGAUGGAGCAGUUCAGCAGCUUUGAUAACUUUGAAUAUGAAGCUGAUGGUCUUAGAGUGUGGAAAUGCUAUGGUAUAGGCGAUGGAAAGUACAUUCCAUAUGAAAUGCUUUGUGUCACCAAUCAGGUUCCAUCCGCUCUCCAAACAUUGGAAUCCCACGAAUUCUAUGUACCACUUGGACAACGAGAGGUAAAACCCAGUUCAGAAGCUAGCAAGAGUACUGAGAGUAGUACACCACUGUUUCAAUGUUCAAAGCUCGGUUGCAACGAGGCCUUUGAAUCCUUUGCGUAG